AUGGCGACGGGCUCGCUGAAGCAGGUCGCCAAGUGUCGCCUUCGCGAUCUUCUCGUCGCAAGCACCGCCGGUCGCACAUUCGCGUCAACGCCGAGUCCUGUCCAAACCGCUCUUCACCACGCGCGCGCUGAUUCCGCCGCGCGCACUAAAUCCGCCGCCACGAGCCCCUCGCCCGCUGUGCCCUCCGCCGGUACCACCGACUCUCUGCCGCCUGCCGCGUCGCAGCCCACGUCGCAAUCCGUGUCGCUCAGGUUUCCCAGCGGAUAUGUUCAACACGCCGCCCGUCCGCCGCACGGCCGCUGCCAUCCAGCUGUGCCUCCGCCGCUAGCCCCGCCGCUAGCCCCGCCGCUAGCCCCGCUGGGAGCGGUGUCGCGCACUCACGCACCUCACGCGCCGCACGUGCCUCACACGCUUUGGCCCGCCGCGCCACGCGCAGAUUCCGCAGCAGCAUCAGGCCAAAGCGUGUUCUGCGCACAACCACAAGCGGCUGCCCGCUGCCACCACUCUUCCGCCGAGCCGUGCCACCACGACGAGGCGUGCACAGAAAGCGGGGCCAUGUCAGCAGCUGAUGACGCGUCCGCGUGCUGGCUCUGUUCCGCCGAUCGCGGCGCUGAUGCGCGCGCGGGGGGAAAGGGCAACCCGUCCGACAUGCGCGCGGAUGCGGAAGCGGAGGGCGCGAGGGGCAGGGGGGAUGGCGCGAGCAAGCAGGGCGAUCCGCUGACGUGGCGGUUCUUCUGCGGAACAUGUGGCGCGCUGCAACCGGUGGACAAACGUACGGACCUGUUCGAACUGUUCGGCCUCCCGCGUGCAUUCGCCGUCGACCUAUCACUAUUGGAGCAGCGCUACAAGCAGCUGCAGAAGAUGCUGCACCCGGACCUGCAUGGGGGCAGAUCAGAGGAGGAGAGGGCACUAUCAGCGGAGCAAGCAGCGCAUGUCAUAGACGCCUACUACACGCUCCUCAGGCCACUCUCUCGCGCCAAGUACCUUCUGCGAGCUAGCGGCGUGACAGCAGCAGAGCUGAGUGGGGACAGCCCGGGGCGGGACCAACAGCUGCUCAUGGAGGUGAUGGAACUGAGGGAGACCGUUGAGGACGCUGACAGCCCCGAGGAGCUGCAAGCUCUGCAGUCACAG